AAAAAGUUUUGCUUUUCCCUUUCUAUUUGCUGCGUUCCUUCGCAUUAGUGUAGAGUUUUGCACGAGUUCUUCUUCGUCGCUGUUCGACUUCGCUCCGUCGACGACGUUCCCUUGCUGCUGGAUCGGAAGUUUCGAUUUUUUUGAUCGGAAGCAACAACGGGAUCUUACUUGCUGUGAAGCUCAAAUCCGCUUCAAAUCCGGUCUAAAUCCUGCAUCCAAACAGGCCCUUAAGAGUAAUGGCAUCUGUAGCAAUCGAGAGCAAGCGAUUUCUGACGCAGACGGAGGCGGACGGAGAUAUCCGAUCGCCACCGGCGAAGACUAGGGGCGGCGGAGGAGAAGGUCUUAGGCAGUACUACCUGCAACACAUACACGAUCUUCAGCUCCAGGUUCGGCAGAAGUCUCACAAUCUCAACCGUCUCGAGGCCCAGCGCAACGACCUCAACGCCAAAGUUAGAGCAUUGAGAGAAGAGUUGCAAUUGCUUCAAGAGCCAGGGUCAUAUGUUGGUGAAGUAGUCAAAGUUAUGGGAAAGUCCAAGGUUUUAGUCAAGGUCCAUCCAGAAGGAAAAUAUGUUGUUGAUGUGGAUAAGAAUAUUGACAUAACAAAGAUCACUCCAUCAACCAGAGUUGCUCUUCGCAAUGAUAGCUAUGUCCUUCACUUGAUUCUGCCUAGCAAAGUAGAUCCUUUGGUUAAUCUUAUGAAAGUUGAAAAGGUUCCUGAUUCUACUUAUGAUAUGAUUGGUGGGCUUGACCAGCAAAUUAAAGAGAUAAAGGAGGUUAUUGAGCUUCCAAUCAAACAUCCAGAGUUGUUUGAAAGUCUUGGAAUUGCCCAACCUAAGGGAGUUUUGUUGUAUGGACCGCCUGGUACUGGAAAGACUUUACUGGCAAGGGCUGUUGCUCAUCAUACUGACUGCACCUUCAUUCGGGUUUCUGGCUCUGAAUUGGUUCAGAAGUACAUUGGAGAAGGCUCUAGAAUGGUUCGUGAACUCUUUGUUAUGGCAAGGGAACAUGCCCCAUCUAUCAUCUUCAUGGACGAAAUUGAUAGUAUUGGUUCUUCUAGAAUGGAAUCUGGAUCCGGCAAUGGGGAUAGUGAGGUGCAAAGGACCAUGCUUGAACUUCUCAAUCAGUUAGAUGGGUUUGAAGCUUCAAAUAAGAUAAAGGUUCUGAUGGCCACUAAUAGGAUUGAUAUUUUGGAUCAAGCUCUGCUCAGGCCUGGUCGUAUUGAUAGAAAGAUUGAGUUUCCCAACCCCAACGAAGAGUCCCGCUGGGAUAUCCUGAAAAUUCAUUCGAGGAAGAUGAACUUGAUGCGUGGAAUUGAUCUAAAGAAGAUUGCCGAAAAGAUGAAUGGCGCAUCUGGCGCUGAGCUUAAGGCUGUAUGUACAGAAGCAGGGAUGUUUGCCCUCAGAGAGAGGAGAGUGCACGUUACGCAGGAGGAUUUCGAGAUGGCAGUGGCCAAGGUCAUGAAGAAGGAGACUGAGAAGAACAUGUCCCUCAGAAAAUUGUGGAAGUAGUCUUUCUUCAUACCCCACGCGAAUGAAGUAUUGCGUCUGAUUUUCAACUAUUUAAAUGCUUCUGAAGUUGUUUACAAUGUUUAAUGCGUUUGAUGAGGUUUAUCAAUACCAUCAAAAUGUUUCAUAUGGGAGUGGACAAAAUCUAAGAAAUCCUUAUAUUCGAAAUACUGUUUGAUCUGAUGAUAUGCGGUAUUCAAUGUGGGUGUUGUCGAAAUAUUUAUUGUUUUCUUAAGAAUUGCAGUGAAUCAAUUAGAUUGUAGCCUUCGCACUCGCUGUUCUUUUUUAGGGUUGAAUAAAAUUAAUUUAGAGCA